AUGGACAAGAUUGCCAAGAUAGAAGCUGAACUGCAAUCAGCAGAGCCUGUUAAGUUAGAGUUACAGCAGAGGGCUCACUUAGAUAUUCAGCAGAUUCCUACUCUUGUUUCAGAACUUGAGAGCCUCAGACGGGAAUACCAGCACUAUAGGUAUGGGUGGACAAUUUAUGAGAUAGUGAGAUAUGCACCUCAACACAACUGGACUGCCUAUGAGGAAGCUCUUAAGAGAAACCCAGUUUUAGCAAAAAUGGUUAUUAGUGGAGUGGUGUACUCUGUAGGGGAUUGGAUUGCUCAGUGCUUUGAGGGAAAACCUCUCUUUGAGUUUGAUAGAAUACGGAUGUUCAGAUCAGGCCUCGUUGGCUUUACUUUACAUGGUUCCCUUUCUCAUUAUUAUUACCAGUUCUGCGAAGGAACUUUUCCUUUCCAGGACUGGUGGGUGGUUCCUGUCAAAGUAAUCUUUGACCAAACUGUAUGGGCGGCAAUUUGGAACAGCAUUUAUUUUACUGUCUUGGGAUUUUUGCGACUUGAUUCCCCAGUUAGUAUUUUUAAUGAAUUGAAGGCAACGUUCUGGCCCAUGCUGACUGCAGGGUGGAAGCUUUGGCCAUUUGCUCAUCUUAUUACCUACGGUGUGAUCCCAGUAGAACAAAGACUUCUUUGGGUGGACUGUGUAGAGCUUAUCUGGGUGACAAUACUCUCAACGUGAGUAUUUAAUA